AUGGACGACUUCAACUUUCCAAAACAUUAUACCAUCCCAACUCUAGAUGAAAUCAUCAGUCCCAACACAUACCUAACGGACUGUGGCCCUUACAACCGCGGAUCGUUCGUCCAGUUCCUCUCCAACUCCCACUGCAUGGAGAACUUAGAGUUUGUCGUGGAACUCGACCGUUUCCUCGCCAACAUGGCCCAGCUCUCGUCGGAUCUUAUCUGCGAUGACAUGAUCCGUCAGAAUAACCGUCUCUUGCACCAGUGGAGCGUCAUAUACAAGGUGUUCUUGAAAGAGGACGCUAUCAAGGAGAUCAAUAUCUCAUUCAAGACUCGUUCCGACCUCUGUGGCGAGGUGCUCCCGAACCAGAAGCAGCUCAUGAAUAUCCGAGGCUUAAUAUGCGAGCUUCUUUUGGAUAGCUUUAAUGAGUUUAUCAGCUAUACACGUGAAGUCACCAACGAUAGAACCACUCGCCGCAGACGCCUGGAGAUUGUUCCUCCAGAGUUCAAGACGCUGCCUGUGUUCCAUGCCGAAGAGAUCCCUCGUGUCCUAUACGAACACGUACCUAGAUCUCUGGCCUCCAACUCUCUGUCUGAGCAACAGAAAUCUGAGCUCAGCGCCCAGUGGGACCGUGCGCUUGAGCAGUUUGAGCAGAAUAUGGUGCAAGUAAACAGUGGGUCUGACCUGUCGCUGGAGCUGCCCAGGAGCCGCACUGCACUGGCUGGCACCAUUUCAACCCGUACGUCCUCUCGUGGAUCUUCUAUCGGUUCGAUAGUGGACAACUUGAAGGACUACUCCGGCUGGAAGACCGUCAAGAAGUUGCGGUUCCGCCGCUCGUCAAAUGAGCAAGAUGUGCAAUAA